AUGGUGAUAAGCUUCAAGGGUUGCUACACAGUGAAGCCAGCAGAGGCAACAUCAAACGACACCCUACCCUUAUCAGAAUUGGAUCAAAUUGGCACCAUAAUUCAUGUUCCCACAAUCUAUUUCUACCAGUCGACGCUAAACUGGCUUUCACCACCUCACACCAUAACCAACACCCUUAGAGACUCAUUGAGCCGAGCAUUGGUGCCUUUCUAUCCUCUAGCAGGCCGCCUGCGGUCGAUUGCUGGAGGCCGUCUCGUGCUUGACUGCAAUGCCGAGGGGGUUCUGUUCUUUGAAGCCGAAUAUGAGGCGAAACUAGACAACAUCGACCACUUGACUCAAUCUCCAGAGUAUCAUUGCCUUUUCCCAAGUGUAGACUACAACAUCCCAAUCCAUGAAUUGCCAUUAAUGUUGGUGCAACUCACCAGGUUCAAAUGUGGGGGAAUUAGCCUUAGCCUAACGAUAUCACAUGCUGUUGUUGACGGACCAAGCGCCCUGUACUUCACUUCUGAGUGGGCUAGGCUUGCUCGGGGUGAGCCAUUAGGGACGGUGCCAUUCCUUGAACGUAAAGUGUUGCAAGGUGGGGAUCCCCGACCACAGACUUCUCCUAGCCUCGACAAUUCAGAGUACAACCCUCUACUGGUGUUGCCCGAGCAAUUGGACAGUGUAGAGGAGGGAAAGAAGGAGAAUACGGUGGUUACUCUAAAUCUUUCCACAACCCAGGUUGAGAAGCUCAAGAACAUGGCGAAUGAUGGUAAAAUUAGUGAUAGUGGCCAUGCUUACACUCGGUACGAGACGGUAGCUGGACACAUAUGGAGAUGUGCAUGCAAGGCACGUGAACUCAAAGAUGAACAGCCUACAGCAAUAGCUGUUUGGGUUGACUUAAGAAACCGCAUGAAUCCGCCGCUACCACAAGGGUAUCUCGGCAAUGCAAUUCUUGAUGUUAUUGCAAGGAGCCAUGCGGGGGAGUUGAUGAACAAACCAUUAGGCUAUGCUUCAAGAAGGAUAAGACAAGCUAUCAACAAAGUGACGGAUACAUAUGUGAAGUCAACCAUUGAAUUUUUGAGAAAUCAGCAUGACUUGACGCGCUUUCAAGCAAUCGAAGGGCCUUUAAUUGGAAACCCAAAUGUCGAGGUAGUGAGCUGGUUGACGCUGCCAAUCUACGGCAUUGAUUUUGGAUGGGGCAAGGAGAGUUACAUGGGGCUGGGAGCGCAUGAUUGUGAUGGAGACUCAAUAGUCCUUCAGAAUCCUAUUGGAGAUGGAUCUUUGAUGGUGUUGUUGUGUCUGCAAGUGGCUCAUAUGGAUGCGUUUAAGAGGCACUUCUAUGAAGAUAUCAUAUAA